AUGGCCAUCGCAUCAACAAAGCCCUUAAUUACUAUUAGUACUAAUGAACAGAGGCAACUUCUAACUCCUAUAGGAAACAACACUUCCAACCCAAAGCCUAGUAACGGGAAACAAUUUCCCAUCUUCCUAGCAACUACAGAUCCCUCGAGUAACACUCACAACGGCACCGCUUCCUCUAAUCAUAAUCAAUCACAGGUUGAUAUAGAUGCAAAUACAAUGUCAGAUAAUUGUGAUGCAUUUUGGUCUCUGGCGCGGAUUACAAGCCCACCUCAUGCUAAUUACACUUAUUCAGUAUUAGCUGGAAUUUUAGCAGGAAUUGACAUGGUUAUGAUUCCAGUGAAUUAUGCAGAAUUUAUUGGUAAUCUGACUCGACUAGUGAAAGAUAAUAUCAUUCCCAUGAGCAGAAUUGAUGAUGCUGUAAAGCGGAUAUUGAGAGUUAAGUUUACCAUGGGUCUCUUUGAGAACCCACUGGCUGACCUAAGCUUGGUAAACCAACUUGGUAGCCAGGAGCAUCGAGAGUUGGCAAGGGAAGCAGUAAGGAAAUCACUUGUCCUUUUGAAGAAUGGCAAGAGCACUAGUCGUCCAUUACUUCCCAUUCCAAAGAAAGCACCAAAGAUACUUGUAGCUGGAACUCAUGCUGACAAUUUGGGUUACCAAUGUGGAGGCUGGACAAUACAUUGGCAGGGCGUCGCAGGCAAUGAUUUAAUAGUUGGAACCACCAUUUUAAGCGCUAUCAAGAAAACUGUAGAUCCGUCCACGCAAGUAGUGUACCAGCAGAAUCCUGAUGCAAACUUUAUGAAGUCAAACGAAUUCGACUAUGCCAUUGUUGUAGUAGGUGAAUUCACAUAUGCAGAGUGGCAUGGUGACAGCUCAAAUCUUACAAUACCAGAACCUGGUCCUAGCACUGUUAACAAUGUCUGUGGGGCUGUGAAAUGUGUUGUAGUUGUCAUCUCUGGUCGUCCAGUCGUGCUAGAACCUUACGUCGAUAAAAUAGAUGCACUCAUCGCUGCUUGGCUUCCGGGGACUGAAGGCCAAGGUGUUGCAGAUGCUUUAUUUGGUGACUAUGGUUUCACUGGUAAACUUGCUUGGACUUGGUUCAAGUCAGUUGACCAGCUUCCUAUGAACGUAGGUGAUGACCACUACAAUCCCCUCUUUCCCUUUGGAUUUGGACUCACAACUCAGCCAGUGAAGAUGAAUUAAUAGACAGUAUUGAUACUAUAGUGUACUUGCAAGAAAAGCUAGUAAGUUAUUAUCAUUAAUAAAACUGGAAGAAAGAGCAGAAGGCAAGAAAAUUGUAUUGAGGGCUUCCCUUUGAAUAUAUAUUAUUAUUAUUAUUAAUUGCUAUUAA